AACAAAGAAAUGAUGUGGCAAAGCAGUUUCAGACUAACUACAAGCAAAAAAACCAUAGGCUUAGUUCACAGUAAAUGUUCAAAUAACAAUUUCCUAAAUGAUUUCGCAAAAAUAAAAAUGAAUAACCAAACGCCGGCCGGGGGUUUCGGUGGUAACUAACAGACUAACAACCAGCGAGAUAUCCCCCAAACCAUUCCGCAACAAGACGGAGGCUCCUCCUGACCUCGUCCAUUCCUCUUCCUUUUCUCCUGUCCGGCGUGGUUUACCACUGAUUCGCCGUACUAACUGACCACCGCCGAUCGACGAGAGACCCCCCCCCCCCUCCGGCCGCGGCAUUGUGCACCGGCGAUCACGGGGAGGACGGCAAGAUGAGCAUGAUCGACGUGCUGACCCGGGUGGACGCCAUCUGCAAGAACUACGAGAGGUACGACGCCGACAAGCACCGGAAUGACGCCGCCGACCCCUUCUCGCGGCUCUACGCCGACAUGGACGCCGUGAUCGACGAAGCCAUCGAGAAGUCGGAGCGGGCCGCGAGGGAGACGAACCGGGCGGCGGCGGUGACCCUCAACGCCGGCGUGCGGCGCACCAAGGCGCGGCUCCUGGAGGAAGUGGCCAAGCUCCAGAAGCUAGCCGGCAAGAAGAUACGAAUGCAUGAACGGUUGAACAUGCAUGCACAGAUGAAAGGGGUGUCGCGGGAGGAGAUGGCGCUGCGGCCUGAUCUGGUCUCGGCAUUGCACCAGAGGAUCCAGUCGAUCCCCGACGGUGGCGGCGCGGCGGAUCAGAACGGCGGCGGGAACGCUCGGCCGGGGAUCAAGUUUGAUUCUUCAGUUGCAGCUGAAACUUUGGACGAGGGCUACUUCCAGACCAGCGAGGAAUCGGAGGCUUUUCGGAUGGAGUUCGAGAUGCGCCGGAUCAAACAGGUUGAAGGGCUGGACCUCAUUUCUGAAGGCCUGAACACGCUGAAAAACCUGGCAGAGGACAUUGGUGAGGAACUGGACAGGCAGGUCCCUAUCAUGGACGAAAUUGACAGAAAGGUCGACAAGGCUAACACAGAACUUAGAAAGACCAACGUCAGGCUUAAAGAGAUAGUCAACCAGAUUCGAUCGACAAGGAACUUCACAGUUGAUAUCAUACUCAUCUGCAUCAUUCUUGGCAUUGGUGCUUACCUCUACAACGUACUCGCCCAGUGAAUCCUCGGAACAUGGCGGCAUCAGCAAUUCAGCAUGCUCUGUUAGAGUAAAAUUAUACUGUUGUAGAACUACUCUGCUUAUUAUUAAAGUUGCCAUGCAGCAAAGGGGUACUUUUCGGCAUUGUUCCUAGGCAUGCCUGAAAAGAUCAUUAUUAUUUGUGAAACGAUAUAGUUCAACCGGCGGAUUACCGCCGCCUUGAUUGCACGCCA